AUGUUAAAUCAUCAUCAUAAUGCAGGAUUUAUAGAAGAUGAUUACAAAGAAUCACAAAUCUUACUAGACAUAGGCUUGGAGGAUUGUUCCGGAAGCAAUAUAAAUAAAAUUUGGGAAGUCAAACAUAUUCAAAGUACAACUAAUCAUUCACAAUUUGUCUUAUUACUUGAUAAUGAAGGUCUCUUACUGUUUGAUAAAAACCAAGAAUCAUCUGUUCAGUUAGUACAAAGUGAUGAUAUCCCAAUUUCAAGUAAUACAUUUCAAGCAUUAGAAAAGAUCUGUGAACAAGAAAUUAAUAAUAAGGCUGCUGUGGAUUCAGACUCAAAAAAGGUUCUCUAUGGCCAUGGUCUCGGCAUUUGCAAAAAAGCGUUGAAUUUAGCGAUUAUGAAUGGUACCAAUAAGGCUUUGGAAGAUGUUUUGCAACAAUUCAUUAGUGAACAAAUUUCACACAUAAUAACACUGCUUCCAGACAAUCUCAACAAGGUAAGGGACGUCCUGCACAUAAGAGAUACUUGUCCGCAAUUGAGGACCAUAGCAAUAAACGUGUUUGUCCCAGCAUUCAAGAUGAAAUAUCAGAAUUGGGGUCAAAAAGGAAAAAUAAGUGGCAAUGUGCUAUGUGUAAGUCAUGGUAUCAUGAUUCCUGAAACUGCCCCUCAAAAGAGUAGUUGUGGUACUAAAAGCAAAAAG